AUGGUUCUACCGAUCCUGACCCAGGGUCAGAAGAUGGCUCUGAAGAAACACCUGGAGGCCCUUAGUGUCCUCCAAAUCCCCUUCCCCCCCCCAGGUCCCUUCUUCUCCAUUCUCCUGGUCUACCUGCUCUUCACCUCCUACUGGCCUAUCAGCGUCCUGUAUUUUGCCUGGUGGAUCUUCGACUGGGAUACGCCACAGAGAGGUGGGCGCCGCAGCAACUGGAUGAGGCGCUGGAGAGUCUGGGAGCUCCACCGGGAUUAUUUCCCCAUCAAGCUGGUGAAGACGGCCGAGCUGCCCCCGACGCGGAACUACAUCCUGGGCUCCCACCCCCACGGGAUGAUCUGCACGGGGGCCUUUUCCGCCUUCUGCACUGAGGCCACGGGCUUCCCCCGCGCCUUCCCUGGCCUCCGCCCCAGCCUGGCCACCCUCGCAGGGCACUUCCACAUGCCCGUCUUCCGGGAGUACCUGAUGAGCUCAGGGAUGGUCCCGGUCAACAAAAGGUCCCUUGACUUCCUCCUGAGUGGCCCCCCCGGGCAUGCGGUGGUCAUCGUGGUGGGGGGCGCGUCCGAGAUGCUGGACACCGUCCCCGGAGAGCAUCGCAUCCACCUUCACAGGAGGAAGGGCUUCGUGCGCCUGGCGCUGCAACAUGGGGCUGACCUGGUGCCCGUUUACACCUUUGGGGAGAAUGACAUUUACCGACUGAUCCGGUUCCCCGAGGGCAGCUUCGUUCACCGCCUCCAGCUCGGUUUCAAGCAGCUGAUCGGCUUCGCCCCUUGUCUCUUCAGCGGGAGGGGCCUCUUCUCCAGCACCUCUUGGGGGAUCCUGCCUAUGGCUGCCCCCCUCACGGUGGUGGUGGGGAAGCCUAUCCCAGUCCCACGCCGCCCGCGCCCCACCGAGGACGAGGUGAACAGCUUCCACGCUCUCUACGUCAAGGCCCUGAAGGAGCUCUUUGACGCCCAUAAACGUCACCUAGAGGGACCCAGACUUGACCCGAAGCAGCAUCAGGGGACACAGGGUGACUUGAAAUCUGGGUACCCCUGGUUGCAGUGCGCCCCGCGAGGUCCUUUCACCAGUCAGGAUAAAUCAAGAAACCGCACCCAGGUGUUGCCCAUUGACAGCUGA